AUAAAAAAUUUUGAGGUUAAAUUGUUUAUUCUUAGUUGUGCAAUGCUAAAAAUUUCAUAAUUUUGCAAAUUAAAUUACCAUUUUUUAUUUAAGAAAACAUUAGUUUUAAUAAAUGGCAAAACAUCUGAUACAAAUAAUAGUCUUAGGUGCUCAAGUGGUAGGAAAAGCUUUUGCCAGGGCUUUAAAACAAGAAUAUGCAGCAUCUCAAGAAGCUGCUAAAAGAGCUGGUGGGGGAACCCAGGGUCAAAAUAGAGCCGCUGCAAAUUUAAGAUCCGGUAUGACAUUGGAAGAGGCACAACAAAUUUUAAAUGUUUCAAAACUAGAUGUUGAAGAGAUUCAAAAGAAAUAUGAACACUUAUUCAAUGUAAAUGAUAAAACAAAAGGCGGAUCUUUCUAUUUACAAUCAAAAGUUUUUAGAGCAAAAGAACGAAUAGACGACGAAUUAAAAACUAAACCUAGCGAAGAAAAAAGGGGGACUAGUAGAAGAUCUUCAAAUAGUAGUGAACCUGUGUAAUGAAAAUUAUAAGUUAGAAUAGUUUUUUUGAACAAAUUUAAUAUACAUAAUUAACUGUUGAAUGACUUAUAACGAUUUGCAAAAUAUGAAGUAUAUAUUAGUAAAUUAAGCUAAUCAUGCGUUCUCAUUAAUUUCUACUUUUCCAUAAAUAUAAUCAUUUGAUAUUAUUUAACAAAAUGGAUCACGAUGUAAGUUGCUUUAAUACGGUAAAAUUUUAAUAAUGGCUAUUUGCUGGGAAUAAUUCAUAUAUGGAUGCUUAGAAAAUGUUACUAUUUUUUCUCUAAUAAUUUUAUUAAAAUCUAAUGAAAAGGUCAAAUUGCAAUAUGUAGCUUUUUUCUCGUACAUAUUGGAUUAACAGACUUAAUUAUCUAUUGCACAGGUUAAAUGUGUGUAUAUAGUUAUAUAAUGUACAAGCUUGAUGCCCAUAUGGGAUUAACAAGUAAUUCAAAAUCAAAAACUCUUCGUUAAUUAUGACUAAUAAUUUUAUUAAAAAUU